AUGAGUUCUUCAAGUACAGAGUCCCUUGAAGUCGAACUCUCAACCUUUUAUGACUAUUAUGAUAGUUAUUACGAUGCUCCAAAACUAUGCAGUAAAGAAGGCGUCAGAAGGUUUGCAGCCUCCUUCCUACCUGUUCUGUAUUCCCUGGUAUUCCUGGUCGGGCUCGCUGGAAACAUUCUGGUCAUCGUGGUCCUCUUCAAAUACAAGAGGCUGAAGAGCAUGACUGAUGUGUACCUGCUAAACCUCGCCAUCUCAGAUUUGCUCUUUGUUUUAUCCUUGCCAUUCUGGUCUUAUUUCACAGUAGACCAAUGGGUUUUUGGAACUCCCUGGUGUAAAAUCAUUUCAUGGAUCUACCUGGUUGGGUUUUACAGUGGGAUAUUUUUUAUUAUGCUCAUGAGCAUAGACAGAUACCUGGCAAUUGUUCGUGCAGUGCUUUCCUUGAAAGCAAGGACCACCUUCCAUGGCUUGAUUACUAGCCUUGUUGUGUGGCUAGUAGCUCUUUCAGCCUCAGUCCCCGAGCUUGUAUUUAGAGAGUCUUUUAAUGAACAUAAUUUUACUACCUGCAAGCUGAGAUUUCCAGGCAAUUUCACAACAUGGAAGCUUUUUUCCACUUUGGAAGUCAACAUUUUAGGGCUCCUAAUCCCUUUUAUAAUUAUGACAUUUUGCUACUCCAUGAUCAUUAAAACAUUAAUUCACUGUAGAAAUGACAAAAAGAAUAAGGCUGUGAAGAUGAUUUUUGUUGUCAUGAUUGUGUUUUUCUUUUUUUGGACCCCCUACAACAUUGUUAUUUUCUUACAACUGCUGGAAUUUAUGGGAGUCAUUAAAGACUGUCAAGUGAGCAGGAGUCUGGACUACGCUUUCCAGGUAACAGAAAUCCUCAGCCUUUUUCACUGUUGCCUCAACCCAGUCAUCUACUUCUUCAUGGGGGAGAAAUUUAAGAAGUACCUGAAGAUGCUCUUUAAGAACUGGCAGUUACCAGGGUAUUUCUGCAAGUGGUGUGGAGUUCACAUCACCUACCACACUGAAUCUACCAGUUCAUUCCACACACAGUCUACAGGGGACCAAGAUGCGUUGUAACACAUUUCAGACCAGCCACUGAACUCAGCAGCAAGCAAACUGACAACAGCAGGAACUUUGAAAAGCAGGAACUUUGAAAAGCUAAGCAAAUGCAGACACAUUUAACAAUAAGCUAGUGCCAGAUAAUUACUUGCUUCAGUUUUAUUUGUGCCUCUAGAUUUUCUGAGUAUUACGACAGAAGGUCUCCCAAAUGUGGAACAUGGAGGAUGGACAUGCAAGGUUUCUCUGCUGUGAUUACAAAUCACUGCUCAGCUCUGUGCAAAGCACUGCACUGCAUGGCUUCUUUUUCACCACCAUCAAGACAUUGGCCUGCAUGGAGGAGCAAAGGUGAGACAGUACCUUGUCAUCAGCACAUGCACUUGGAAAACAUAUUCAUGUAUUCAUGAAGGAAGAUUGUAAUCAUACUUUUUUAUUCUGCAGUUGAUCUGUGUAGGACAUGUUCACCCAUGAUUCUUAGUCAGCUAUUAGCAGUACCUGCUACAUUUAAAUGUUUUGUUUCAGGGGGGAUGAUAUACCCCAUAUCAUUAAGAAACAGCACAAAAUAUAUUCUCUAUGUGCACAAAGACACAAAGCAAAGCCAUUACUUUUCAUUGUAGCUGUGUUUUCUCUCAGGUUGACAUAUAUGCCUACAUGUAGGUGUAUAUAUAAAGCAUUUUGAAUUACUUUAUCACUGUAAUUCAGGAUAGCAAUUCUGUAUUUUAACUAAC